AUGGCAUUCCCGCCCGACAGUGGUACAGCCGGUACCGACGAAGACCAGUCGGGCUCAGACAGAUCUAGAUUUUAUUCCAGGCCCGACACCGCGCAGCACAUUAGUGACAAUCGCCACUCCGGAACACCGUCGGACGAAAACUCAAGAGCUGUAUAUAGCGACGAAGAACUUAUCUAUAACGCCACCGCCGAACCACCUCCUCCGAGCGAAGACAACCAAGUGGGCCAAGAUGCGAACCCGGUGCUGGGAGACGUACCAGCAGCUCACAUCGCCAUGUUCCUUCCAUCGGACUCAUCUCAAGACGGGAAUGCAGACACAGUACAGCAACAGGGCAGAAUGCCCAGGCAAACAAGGGACAAAGUCUGGUGGAGCAAUCUUUCUGAAUCCGCGGGCUUAUACCGACCACAGUCAAAACCAGAGGGCGGAGGGGGGCUGCCCGUUGAAACAGCCACCCAGCGCCCACGACGCAAUGCUAUUUCUCUUGAUACCUUCGAUGGCAGCUCAGCGAGCCCUCAGUGGCCAGCGAAUGUACCGGCAGUCCGAGUCCAUCGACCACCAUAUCCACCACCAGAACGUAUCCCGACUCCUCCAGGACUUCCAUCCUUCGGCACACCGGAGGCGAUGGCUGCCUCUGCUCAGUUCAUGACGGGCACGUGGUCGGGGACGAUUCGCCCAACUGAGAGUCAGCGCACAACUUCAUACGGCAGCGCCAUCAGGAGAUUCUUUGGUCUACGUUCAUCGGCUGGAACUGGAACUGAGACUGCUCCUGCGUUCCGAACUGCUCCUGGUAUCGGACGAGCUGCCGAUGGAACUAUGGUUCACGGAAGAUUUCUCUAUCGACAGAGUGGGCAUGGUACAAGUCUUGCUCGACAGCUAGAGGACCACCCCUUUCAUACAACCGAGCUUCCACUUGCCCCUGUUCAGACAAACGCAAGCGAAGGAGCGAGGACUGAGACUUCGGUUACUAGCUUCAAAAGUUGGAUGGUUCGUCCGAAGCGUCAUGGAAGACUCUAUAGACCAUCAAUUGCACGGAUAUUCGCAGAUCCUCAACACUCAACAAGUCCAGAGCCCACGCCUAGUGCGCCGCCCAGGAAUCCAGCCAGAAAUCUAGCCAGACGGGGCCAGCCACAGUCACCUACGUUGUUUCCAACCCAGGACGUGGCAUCCCGGCAUACUUCUGCAAUGCAGUAUCCUCCUCGCCCGGAGACAUUCCAGCGGCAUGGAAUAGUCAACGAAACUAUCCAAGAAGAAACAGAAGAAUCUGGAAAUCAACCGCGCAAUGUCCCCGGCGUUCUGCCUUGGGCUCGGAUUCAAAUUCCAUUUUGUUGUUGUUUGACCGGAAAUUCUCUUCACGAAAGUCACGAAGAACACCAACUGGAAGUACUCAGCUCGCGAGACACUUAUCAAACUGCUCAGAGCCACGCAUCUCCCUCUAGACCACAAACUUCAAGCAUCAACCCGGCACAACAGCCUUCAGUUCAGCAUGAAUCUUCGUGGAUGUCAUCCCUCAAUCAAAUCGUCCGCCGGGGUGCAGCUGCUUUCACUCAGCGUUUUCCUUAG